GAACGACGACUCGGGAGUGUACAUUAUUGCAACGUCAGUGAAUCUUACUCGUUAUAACUCCGCGAACCUUACCACACGUUCCAAAGUCUAAACGUGCUGUAAUUCCAACUUCAUUUGGUUCUUUUGUAGCAUAGCUAUUCAUAUCCACUGUAGAUACUAAUAUUUAUACAAAACGACCAUUAUUAUGGAGAAGCUCACCGAUGACCUGGUCAAGUACAAGGACUAUGUUUUUGCGAAGGAUUUGGUCAACGCUGAGCACAUUGACUCCCUGCAGAGCUUUGAGAUCCGGGACAGUGACAUCUUUCUGGUCACUUACCCUAAAUCAGGAACCAUCUGGACACAGCAGAUCAUCACUUCUAUCUGUGAGUCAGAGAUGGGUGAUAUCUAUCCCAACAACUUGGAGAUGAUGCCAUGGCUGGAGUAUAUUGACAAACGCACGGACUAUUCCUUACGCCCUAACCCGCGGCUAUUCGCCUCCCACCUCACCCCUGUACUCAUGCCCCCAGGCCUGAGGGACAAGAAGGCAAAGAUGAUCUAUGUGAUGCGGAACCCAAAGGACAACGUGACCUCCUACUAUCACUGGUGUUUUAACUGGGCCAUGUUUGAGACCCCAAAGAGCUUCGAGGACUUUCUGGACCAGUGGUUAGCAGGGAAUGUUGGUGCUUCAUCCUGGUUCGACCACAUCAGAGAGUGGCACAAUAAGAGAGACCAGUACAACAUCCUGUUUCUGACCUAUGAGGACAUGAUCAUGGAUCUGAAGACAGCCGUGACCAAGAUCUGCCGUUUCCUGGACAGGGACCUGACGGAAGCAGACAUCAACAAGAUAGUGGAAAAAGCCACGUUCAAAAACAUGAAAAAUGACCGCAAGGCCAACUAUGAGUUCAUACCAGAAGACAUUCUCAAAAAGGGGCAGUUCCUACGCAAAGGUAAAAUCGGGGAGUGGAAGAACGUGUUCACAGUGGCCCAGAGUGAGAGGUUUGACCAGGUCUUCGAGGAACGGAUGAAGGACAUCCGGACUCUGAAGUUCGUCUGGGACAUGGCUCAACAAUCAGAGUGAUGGGAGCCUUCGCUCCCUGGCUUCCUCUACCUCCUCACGUUCAGGAGUUCCAACAGCUCAGUGAUGAGUCCAGCCUUGGAAGGAUGGCAAUGCAAGUCUACAGUGAUGGAAGGGAGGAGCCUGCAGCUCUGUCAGACUCAGAUGCAGCAGAGUAGCCUAGUGGUUAGAGCAUUGGACUAGUAACUAGAAAGGUUGCAAGUUCAAAUCCCUGAGCUGACAAGGUACAAAAUCUGCCGUUCUGCACCUGAAUAGGCAGUUAACCCACUGUUCCUGGCCGUCAUUGAAAAUAAGAAUUUGUUCUUAACUGACUUGCCUCGUUAAAUAAAACAUUUUAAAAAAUAUGUUUUAUUUGA